ACCUUUGUAAUGAUAUCCAAAAAGAAAAUCUUGUCCAAUGUGAAACACCAACUUCCAUAACCGUCGAGGGACAAGAUCCAACUGGCCUGCCGAUGCAACCGUUUCGCGCGUCUUCUGUUUGUUUCAUUGAAUAGUUCCAAGGGAUAUGAAAACAAUAGCACGCAAAUAUAUUGUACUAAACCUUGAAACAUUAAUUUUUUCAUCUUGGGGUUCUUGAAAAUUUCCUACUUUUUACAUUUAAUCGCAGAAUCGCUGAUGAAAAUUCACUUAGAAGCCAUAGAAACUGGCUACAAGGUGAAGAUGGGUGAAGGCGGGACACCUAACAUGAGGUCAAUCGCAUUGGUAACACAUAUGAUGGUUGCGAUGACGAUGAUCGUGAUGAUGUUUGUAGCAGAAGGAGCUGAUACAAACAAUGUUUUCAGUCCCUGCGCUGAUGCACAAAUUCAAAAAUUCGACGGUUUUACCUUUGGUCUUGCAUUUUCAGCCAGAGAUUCGUUCUUCUUCAAUCAGACUCAACUUUCUCCUUGCGAUCUGCGUCUCUCCCUCUCAGGCAUUGGUGCUCAACUUGCUCUAUUCAGGCCCAAAGUCGAUGAGAUCUCUUAUCUUACCAUUAACAGCACCACCUUCAAUUCGGUGUUGUCUGGUGGGCAUAUGGUAGCGUUUGCUGGACAGAAGUAUGCAGCAAGAUCUCUACCAAUAUUGGUUGCUGAUACAAGUCACACCAUAAUUAGUUUCACUUUGGUUCUUGAAUUCCAAAAAGGCACUCUUCAAAAUCUGUACUGGAAGAACUUUGGGUGUGAUGCAUGCUCUGGGGACUCUAUUUGCCUGAACAAUCAAAGCUGUGCAGUGCCAACCUCUAAAUGCUUAAGCAGUGGUGGGCCUACUGAUUGCAGUUUGAGCAUACAAUUGACAUUUUCUGGAACAGAUAAGAAUCUUGAUACACUAAAUUCAUGGUAUGAGGUGGAAAAUCUUCGACAGUACUCCCUUUAUGGUCUGUUCUCUGAUAUUCGUGAUACUAUCACCGGCCAAAAUGGCAUGCCUUUUUGAGCCUGCAUUGCCGGGGUAAUAGUAGUGUUUAUGGUGAGUUCUAAAUUGGCUGAAGUAUUCCAUGUAACAGUAAAAAUUACUCACUUCCUCCUAGAAGCACGAUGCUUUUGGCUCUUUUUUCUUAAUAAAAUUCUUUUGAAAGUUCCCCAUGUGAGAUUGCUUCAAAUAUUAGUAAGAUACUUGGCCUA